AUGGACAGCCUGCGUGAGACCUUCCUCAGCCUCGAAGAUGGCUUGGACUCCUCCGACAGCCCUGGCCUGCUGUCCUCCUGGGACUGGAAAGACAGGGCAGGGCCCUUUGAGCUGACCCAGGCCUCUCCCACCCAGAGCCUCUCUCCGGCCCCAUCGCUGGAGUCCUAUUCUUCUCCUUGUCCGGCUGUGGCUGGGCUGUCCUGUGGGCAUGGAGGCGCCAACAAUGGGGGCGGUGAUGACUGCGGCGGCCUUGGGACUGGCGGCCUGGUGGAGGUGGGCUAUGAUAUGUUAGCUUUCCAGCCUGCCUAUCUGCAGGGUGCUGGUGGCCCCAAAACCCCGAAGGGCACCAAAGUCAGGAUGUCCGUUCAGCGGAGACGGAAGGCCAGCGAGAGGGAGAAGCUCCGGAUGAGGACCUUGGCCGAUGCCCUGCACACCCUCCGGAAUUACCUGCCACCCGUCUACAGCCAAAGGGGCCAGCCGCUCACCAAGAUCCAGACGCUGAAGUACACCAUCAAGUACAUCGGAGAACUCACAGACCUUCUCAACAGCGGGGCCCAGAGCACCUGA